AUGGACACGGACUCAAAGGGUUACACGUUUGUCGACUCCGAGCCGGAGUCACCCCCAUCAUUCGGUUUGUUUGAAACUGUAGUCAAAGACUGCUUGGGCGGCAUACUGUGGGUCGUCUACGAGUCUGGAACUUGUAGGAGUCUCAACGCGGUACGCAAUGCUAAAGAGACCCAGACGCAUGCAGAACCUCUUAUCCUACUCAUCGUCACGGCGGUCCGUAAAAAGCUACAGGCCAUGUCGUAG